GACAGUUAAAGGAAAAACUGCAAGCUGAAAAAGGAUCUGAAUAUUUGGCAGAAAACCAAAAAUUGAUUUAUGCCGGAAAAAUACUUAGUGAUGAUACUAAAAUCAGUGAUUGUAACAUUGACUCAAAAAAAUUUGUGGUGGUUAUGGUUUCAAAAGCAGCUGGUGCUGUUAGUGCUACUAGUGCCUCUAAUACUGUUAGUGCUACUGGUGCCACAAGUGUAAGUGCCACUAAGUCAACACCAUCAGUUUCAGCGCCUCAGAAACCAGCAGAAAAAUCUAUAACGGUUGAACAACCUAGAGUUGAAGAGCAAUCAACAUCACCGGCGACAGAAACAUCUGCUUCUGUACCAGAAUCUGCAUCUAGUGAUGAAUUUGAAAGAAUGGUUCAAAAUGUUAUGGAUAUGGGAUAUGAAAGAUCACAGGUUGAAAAUGCUCUUAGAGCUAGUUUUAAUAAUCCAGACAGAGCAGUUGAAUAUUUACUUACUGGAAUACCUGAUGAACUUCAAGCUGAUCCAACUAUUAAUCAAUCUAUGAGUAGCAUGCUUAGUGAAGACACAGGUAGUUCAACUGGUAGUAGCCAAGUUCCUGCAACUGAUCCUCUAGCUUUUUUGCGCAACCAACCGACUUUUCAACAAAUGCGUUCAGUUGUGCAGCAAAAUCCCGAAUUAUUAAACUCUGUACUGCAACAAAUUGGACAAACCAACCCAGCACUGUUGCAAAUGAUAUCUAAUAAUCAAGAAGCAUUUGUACGUAUGUUAAAUGAACCAACUGAAGGUGCUGCUGCUGCACCAGCAGCUACUGAUAGAGGACCAGUUGGAGGGUUCGAGGUGCCUGUAUCUACACAAGACAAAGAAGCCAUAGAUAGAUUGAAAGCAUUAGGUUUUCCUGAACACCAAGUUGUGCAGGCAUAUUUUGCAUGCGAGAAGAAUGAAAAUAUGGCUGCAAAUUUAUUAUUGACACAAGAACCUGAUGAUUAAAUACCAUGACUUCAAGACUGAAAGGAUUUUGCUGAAUAAGUACAUAUUAAAACAAAAUUGCUGUGUAUUUAACAUAUUUAUCUGAGAAAUAGUAAUUAUUUGAUUUGGAAAAUUUGCUUAAAAAAAAAAUAAUAUAUUUAUAAUAUCUUAGAGCUAGAGCAGUCCUUAAAGUUAUUUCUUUUAUUUUGGUUAAUUUUAUUGUG